ACGAUACGGCGGCGAAGCGAGCGAGAGUCGGGAAGCGUGCCGAGUGCACCACAUAACGCGAGUCGACGAGUGAGAGCGAGUGGCGUAGCGAGAUUGGUGCGUUUGUGAAGACCACAGCAUCCCGCGCGACACGAUACGGUACGGUACGGUACGGUACAGUACGAUACGAUACGGUACGGUACGACGCGACGCGAGGCGACGUGACGUGACCGCGAGAUACCCGCCGCCACGCCACGACGCGUGCAACCAACCGGCGACGCAAAGGAGCCGCGAUAUCACCCUUUGUUCUCCGCGGGGAGGAGUAGUGUGUGCCGUACGCGAUAUUUUCUUCGUUAACGUGAGUGAGUGAAACAGGACAAUAAAUAUGUCGGACGACAAUUCGCCUGUGGUAGAGGAGCAAAAAAAGAAGAGGGGAAGGCCUGCUAAAGCAGAUAAGAAUGCAGUUAAAGAGCCCAAAAAGAGGGGUAGGCCCGCCGCGGAAAAAAAUAACGCGGUACGCCCAGCGAAAUCUGAUAAUGAGGAUGACGCGCCACCUGGACCUGUUAAAAAAGGAAGGGGUCGACCUAAGGGCUCCCACAAGAAGAAGCAAGGACCACCAAAAGGCACAACUACUUCGCCACGCGGUCGCGGCAGACCGAAAAAGACAGAAGAGAAACCUGAGAUCACUGGCGAGGAUGAGGAUGAACAAGAAGAGGAGGAGGAAGAAGAGGAAAAUUGAAGGAGCAUCUUCGGAUGUAAUAGGGGAGGAUGAAACUAACACAGCUGACCUAUCCUUCGAAGAUCUUUAAACAAGUCGUUUUAAUUAACGUUAAGUUCUUUCAAACUCUGUGUUUUUUUUAUUCUAACUUGGGAAUUUUUAAACAAAUGAAGUGGUGGGUACUGUUCUAUAACUAAUUAUUGGAAUUUUCUAAAAAUUCUAUAAAAUAUGGUGUACAUUGCCACGCACUGACAAAUUCAAAGAGAAACGUAGGAUACAAAAGUUGUGUUACGCCAAUUUAUUAAGUUCUUUUUAUAUUUACUUGACAUUACUACUAUUAAUAAUUAAUGAAAUCAUACUUUUAAGUGCUAAGUUUACGUGCGUGUAACUUUUUUCAAUAGUAAAGGACUGGAUUAAAAUACAGAUCUCAAAAACUUUUUUUAAUUACACGAAAAGUGAGAUUUGAUAAACUUAUUAAAAAAAAUCUCACAGUAUAGAUAGUAUUGUCACAUAUUUGCUACCUCCUUUUUUUCCUACAUAUGUGUAUUACACUUCAUGAAGCCAAAAGAAAAAAAAAGAACUUCAUACCAAUCUAAUAUUGUAAGAGAUAGAAAAA